UAAUUGGUAAUGUGCAAUCCUCUGUGAUGCUGCCCAAUCUUAGGACACUGCCCAAUCUUUGGACAUAAAAAUGCCUGGUCUUAAGAAUGACUGGCCGGUCUUAAGACUGUGUGGGCCGUUAAAAGAUUAGGGAGGAGACCAUGCUAGGCCUGCCCAUCUUUAGACGCCUUUUAGAUUUUAAAGAAGGGAUGUGUCAGCUUUGUUGCUUGCAAGACCCUACAAACAUUCUCAGGUACAUUAAAAAAUUAUAUUUCGGCGUUGACAACAAAACUACUCACCUUAAAGCUGGUAUCAUUGGCACUAGUGACACUCCUUUCGAAGGUGGAUUGUUUAUGCUAGAUAUUGUAAUUCCUGAAAGAUAUCCAUUUGAACCACCUCUGAUGAAAUUCAUCACACCUAUCUAUCAUCCCAACAUUGAUUCUAAUGGACGAAUAUGUUUAGAUUUGCUGAAGAUGCCACCAAAGGGAGAUUGGAAGCCCGCUUUGAAUAUUUCAACGUUGUUAAAAUCUAUCCAGUUACUGAUGAGCAAUCCAAAUUUUGACGAUCCUCUGAUGGUGGAUAUAGCAAACGAGUUUCGAAGCGAUAAGCGUUUCUUUAGAGAGAAUGCGAAACUUUGGACGCAAAAACAUGCCAUGGAAGACAUUACUAAUACGGAGAACAAGUCUCGUAAAAGAGUAUCCAAUGAAAUAGAGGAUCCAACUGUAGCAAAAGCGAGAAUGAUAAACGAUCCUAACGGUUGAUAAUUCAUUUACACAAAAUGACCGUUAUUACAGAAAUUAUAUUUAUGUAUAAAUAUGGUUUUGUAAAUAGUUCUUACGUGUACAAAGCGAUGUUUUCACUCGGUGCGGUAAACAAUGAUUACAACCAAUUUUGCGGUGGCCCGCUACACAUGAAAAGUAGGAUGAACAGACGUAUAAACAAUAAAGGAACAACUGUGGUUGAGAGGAACAAAGGUGCGGAUAAUACAAACAAAAAGUCGUUUUAUAGAUAAAAUUUCGAAAUGUGCAACGGCGGUUAGUCGGAAAAAGAAAGCACACUGGCCGCAUAGACACAAAAGAGAUACCGUAAAUGGCUAAAACACAACCUACGCGCAUCAAAAUGAAGAUAGUUCAGAAAAGAUUGCUAGAACGAAGGAGGCUAAAUACUCGCAGUAAUAAGGCUUUUUAAGAAUAGAUUGAUAUUCCACUA